UCCGUCAGUCAGCAUGUCCGAGGUGCUGCCCUACAGCGAGGGGAAGAUGAGCGGCUACGGAGGAGAUAACGAUGUGAGCCAGAUCUCCUUCAGCUGCAGGCUGCAGGACACCAACGCCUUCUUCGGGACCUCGCAGUCCAAAAGACCCCCCAAACUCGGGCAGAUCGGCAGAGCCAAGCACGUGGUGAUCGAAGAUGACCGAAUAGACGAAGUCCUCAAAGGCAUGACAGACAAGUCCUCCCCCGGUGUUUAAACCCCACGGAACGAUGCCUCGUCAAUGUUUUUCUUUUUCAGUCACCGGUUUGAAGCACUUGUCGACUGUGCAUGUGAUCUGUGAGGAGCAGCCGAGAAGGUUUUUUUAGGAGACUCGAAGCUGAAGGAGGAGGAGGAGGAGAUGCUGAGGAAGGCAAGGAGAAGGACGAAGAGAGAGCAGCGCUGGUUUGAAGGGGGAGGUUAGCUCAGAGAUUUGCAUUCGAAGCUGCUGGCGAUUCUCCAACCCAACCAAACCCAUUCCAAAAGAAAGAAGAAAAAAAAACAACACUCGAAGAAAGUUGACCAGCUCUUUUUUCAGUCUUCAGUCUUCAUUCAGCCCCAGCAGACGAGAGAAGCAGAGAAGAGUGGCUGGCUCUGACAUUUCAUCACACAUUUGAAGUGGCCUGAAGCCCUGUGUUCACAGAUCUCUCUCUCUCUGCAGGCUUUCAGUUCUCCAGCAGACGCGGAGCUGUCCAUUUCAGCACCACGCUUUAUUUUCAACACCAACAAUGCAGUGUUCUUCCCUUGCAUGGAAAAGGCGUGCUGCAUUGUAAACAAGAAGAUGCCAGUGCAUUUUCCUUCACGCUAAGCGUGCACCAACUCAAGCCCCAGCAAAGCAGCAGGUUAAAGAAAGAUGAAAAUCAUGAAUCACGAAAAGAUGAUUUUUUUUUUGUAAUGCCAGCAAGGAUGGUCUGGAGGGACGUGGAGUAAUAAUAACAACAAUAAUCACGAUGUUAAAGGACAAAGAAGGAGGAUAUCUUAAUUACUUUGUUCCAUCUCUUUUUUGUUCUUUUCAAAUGAAUAUUUGAGUUUGGCGUCGUGUAUAUAGUAAUAAUAUCUCUCUGGUCUCUUUGCAUGAACUUUAUGCUCUUGUGCCAAUGUGGGUGUUUCCACCUCUCUUAUAAAAAAUUCGAGCCCAGGCACGCUUCUUUUUACCGAAGUUCAUAUUUGUAUUUUUAUAACUGAAUAUAUUUGUUACUUAAGACAGUAGUAGUCUGGCGUGGAGUUUUCAUCAACAGGCAGAGUGUGUGGCCGUUCAGAGGCACAAAAAUGAUCUCAUAAACAGACAAAGUGAAUGUUUACUGGAGGCUUUUGCACACAUCAACAUCAACGUUACCCUGCUAUUGCUUUUUCAUUACUCGGUCAUAUAUUCUCUGUUGAUGAUGAUGAUGGAGUUGUUACAAUCGUUUUGGUUCGUUGUACUUUUUCCUGCAACAGUAUUGCUGGAAAAAAUAGUUUUUUUUAUUAUUUAAAAAAAAACACUUUGAUUUUUUUAUUUAUUUGAUGACGUUCAUUUUUUUAUUAUUGUUUUGAAAAAGGUCUAUAUAUGGUUUGUUGUGCAUGAACCUUAAUGUUUUCCAAAAUGACUGAACAUUUUAUGGAGCAAAAAAUUUACACAAGAAUGAACCUUUGUGUACAAUGAUGCCAUAUCACUGUACUUGGUGAAUUAAUAAAUGGGGACAGAAGCUGUCGAGACUGUU